AUGGCAAAUGAUAACACGGAAAACGCGGAAAAGCAAAUGGUACGAUUCAUUCUCCCCGUUUAUAUUAAAUUUAAUAAUAACCAUCAAUUGAAAUUUGCAUAUUCAUAUAUCAGAUUUUAGUAUGUAAAUUUAUAUUGUCAUGAAUAAACAUUUCUAAUUCAGUAAUUGUAAUUCUAUUCUAAAAAGAUCUAAAGCCCUAUUUGUAGUCUUUAUCGAAGACAGAGUUUCUGUGUUCACAGUAGGGAGUUUUCGUAGGUAAAUUCUAAGUUCUAAUGGAUUUGUGACAAAUAUAGCUGAUACAGUAGCUCAGUCACUCAGUGUUAUUAAAAGCACUGUUUUUAAUAGUUCUGUCACACGUUUCUAGUAUUAAAAUCAAAUAUUAAAAUACAUAGUCAACUUAGGAUUUAUCAAGGAUUGAUCCCACUGUUAUCACAGAAACUUAUAAAUAAUUGACAGUGUAAACCAGUCUUAAGAAAUAUAGAUAUAGUCCUUAUCAAUCUUUGCCUUUGUAUUUGUGGUGAACACAGAAUGGAGCCACAAAACGAUGCUUUAAUUGCCAUGAUGAACACAAUUCUGGUGCCAAAAAGUGCCGUACUUGUCUGGUGCAAAGGAAAACUGACAAGAUCGACAUAGAGGAUGAGAGAAUUCGGGAUAUGAAAACUCCUAAUGCUUCAAAGCAAUUUGACAAGCUAAAAUAUCGGGUAAGACCAUGUAUAUAUGCUUUAUAUAUAUAUAUAUAUAUAUGCUCUCUAUAUAUAUGCUCUCUAUAUAUAUGCUCUCUAUAUAUAUAUGCUAUAUAUAUAUAUAUAUAUAUAUAUAUAUAUAUAUAUAUAUAUAUAUGCUAUAUAUAUAUAUAUGCUAUAUAUAUGCUAUAUAUAUGCUAUAUAUAUGCUAUAUAUAUAUAUAUAUAUAUAUAUAUAUAUAUAUAUAUAUAUAUAUAUAUAUAUAUAUAUAUAUAUAUAUAUAUAUAUAUAUAUAUGAAUACACCCUUUUGAUGAUUAUGUCAUUUGGCUUGGGAGCCUUGCCCUCAUGAAGGGUUCAGGAAGAUUGCCCCUGCUACUUCUGUACGAGUGGUGAGUACUGUUGGUCUAUGGUAAGUUGAAGAAACAACUGGGAACUGUGAUGGAGGAAAGAUGGAUACGGAACAGUAACGUCAGUGGAUCUGUGAUAUAUAUAUAUAUAUUUAUAAUAUAGCAUUUGUAAAUUCUGAACGCUGAUUGGCUGAGAGCCAUGUUGAUAUAACUCAAUGUCAACACAGAAAUGUCGGAAAAUUUCUUUCUUUAUAUUUCUUUGUGCUAUAUUAUAAAACAAAUAUAAAACAUUUUUUCCGUAUUGAUAUACAGUUAUAUCAACACUCGUGGGAAUUGGGAAAACUCGAAAUUGUGUGAAAACACUCCACCCUUCGGCCUUCGGCCGUUGUGUUUCCACACAAUUUCUCGUUUUCCCACACAAUUUCUCGUUUUCCCAAUUUCCACUCGUGUUGAUAAAUGCGGGGUUUUUCAAACCUUCGUAACGCUUGAUAUAAGGAUAAAACGUGGAUAUGCUAAAAAUAUAACACAUUACAUUGCAUAAAAUAUAACUGUAUAUCAACAUGGAAAAUGUUUUAUAUUUGGUAAAUAUAUAUAUGCUCUCUAUAUAUAUGCUGUAUAUAUAUGCUGUGUAUAUAUAUAUAUAUAUAUACACUGUAUAUAUAUAUAUAUAUAUAUAUAUAUAUAUAUAUAUAUAUAUAUAUAUAUAUAUAUAUAUAUAUAUAUAUAUAUAUAUAUAGUUUUUCGUUUUACCUAUAUUACGCUCUAUCUAUAUGGUAUUGAGCAUUGUUUGUGUUUCGUAAACCAAAAUCUUAAGCUAUAUAUAUAUAUAUAUAUAUAUAUAUAUAUAUAUAUAUAUAUAUAUAUAUAUAUAUAUAUAUAUAUAUAUAUAUAUAUAUAUAUAGUUUUUCGUUUUACCUAUAUUACGCUCUAUCUAUAUGGUAUUGAGCAUUGUUUGUGUUUCGUAAACCAAAAUCUUAAGCUAUAUAUAUAUAUAUAUAUAUAUAUAUAUAUAUAUAUAUAUAUAUAUAUAUAUAUAUAUAUAUAUUUAGUUUUUUUUUAAGAUAUAAAUUAUUGAUCCACUCCCCUUUGGAUAUCAAGUAAAACACUAAAAUUUUGCCAUUUUUGGGAGUAAAUCACAUAUAGGCUUAAAUGUGUCUGAGCUUCAAGCAAUUGUCAUACAUAUGUUUAUUUUGGUUGCAGUAUAGUAAUAGUAAUUUUGUAAUUUAAUUAAUUUGUGAAGAAGUUAGAAUGCCUCGCAUGGGACUUAUAUGUCUUAAUUGUUUCACUGUCCAAUAAGGUUUACAAUAUAAAUAUUUAUGUGCCCUAGAAAAAAUAAGAUGAAAUACUUUUCCUCCAGCAUUGGAUAUCCUGACUCUUCAAUGCGGUUGCCUAUAUAAAAUAAACUGGCUCGUUGAGGUAAUUAGUUAGGAUACUCAUUUGUUUGGAUAAUGUUUGGAAAUAAUUUAAUGAAAUCACUUGAGUAUAUGAAUUAUCAGUGUCACAUCUCCACAGUGAGUGUGUCAUUAAUAUCAACAACCCUAAAACCUUAUUUUCAUUAAUAUUUUGCAUUAUCUGAUAGUAUCUGAAAUACUGUAACUACUAAACAGUACUUAGCUGUAUUUUCAUUGUUUAGGCAAAGGUGUUGAAUUUUCAUUGUGGAUGGGAUAUUGUAGUGAUGGCCAGUCAUAGACAUAGUCGUGGCACAAGUUUUGUGAGAUUUGGGACUUCUGGUCUGGGGGAAGAGUUUAUUGGGGCUAAUGAGCACCUAUCAAGUUCCCCAACUGGAAAAGCAGUUUUUAAUGUCUUUUCUUCAUAUAUCAGAGGUAAGUUGUUUGUAUUUUUUUUGUUGGGCAUUUUUUUCAGAAAUUACCUUUUGGUAGGAUAAAUACAGCAUUAUUUCAAUAGACCAUGAAUAGACAUUUUUCAUAAAGACGUCAACAAGUUUCAUUACUGACGAGCCAAUCAAACUUAGUGUAACAUCUUGUAUCCCACAUUUGACGUCAUUAUGAAAAAAUCCAUUAAAAUUUUCAGCAUGAGUAGUCAAAUGUACAAUUAUAUGAGCGCCAAAGUAAUGAAGGGAAUAAUCAUAGUCUUCAUAGUUUUAAAUAAGUUUAGCAUAUCACUUGGCUUGUGGAAAUAUUUUCAACGGCACUCACAAUGCAAAUGAAGUUAAUAUGCAAGCUUUGACUGUUUCCCAUCAUUCCUUUAGCGCUUAUAUAAUUGAAGGUUUAUGGAGGUGUUAAAGUUUCUGUGAUCACAGUGGGGAUUUUGCGUAGGUACAUCCUAAGUUUCAUACAAUUUGCUAGAAAUGUUUGAGGGAACUAAAACAGUCCUUAGCAUUGAGCUACUUCGCCCUGAUGUUUAUUACAAACCCUUUUCAAAGACCUAAAAAUAUGUGAUGUAUUAAAAUGUAUAUUUGAUGUUAAUGUAUUGUCAUAAGUAACUAUAUAUAAUGAACAACUAAACUGAAAAUGGGUCUUGGACAGAAUCAUAUAACCCGUACCUGUAGUUAGCGCUCAAAAAUAAGAAGUAUGUUAGUCUUGUUAGAAGCUUCUUAUUCUGGAAUUCAUUUGUCUUUUAUAGAGAACAAAAAAUCAGACCCUAAAAGGCCUACUCUAGGUAAAGAAGAACCUCCAUCACAAUCUAUGUCCCCUGUCGUAUCUAUUCCUUCCCCUGUUACUCCUAUUCCUUUUGCCACUUCCCUAUUCCCUGUUACGUCUAUAUCUUCAUCUAUGUCCACUUCUGGACCUUCAUCCUUAUCUUCUUCAAUAAAUUCUGGACCUUUGUCCUUAUCUUCUUCUGUCACUUCUCAACCUUUGUCCUUAUCUUCCUCGGUCACUUCUAGACCUUCGUCGUUGUCUUCUUCGGUCACUUCUCGGCCUUCAUCGUUAUCUUCCUCGGUGACUUCUCAACCUUCACCCUUAGACCUUCGUCGUUGUCUUCUUCCUUCGGUCACUUCUCGGCCUUCAUCGUUAUCUUCCUCGGUGACUUCUCAACCUUCACCCUUAUCUUCUUCAAUAACUUCUCGACCUUCGUCCUUAUCUUCUUCUGUCACUUCUCAACCUUCGUCCUUAUCUUCUAGUUCUCGACCUUCGUUCGUCCUCCAUAAUUUCUAG